AUGUUGUACGAGCUAAUUGCCAUCGUCCGCCCGGGCAGCCUCCAAGAGGUUCGAGAAAUCGCCCGUAACGCUGGUGUCCAGGUUAUCCGGUCCGGCGGUGUCGUCCGCGGCUUCACCAACUGGGGCCCGUUCCGUCUGCCCAGAGUCACCACCAAGCACCAGGCUCGCUACAGCGAAGGUCACCACUUCAUCAUGCGCUUCGAUGCUUCCGGUCCCGUUCAAACAUCUAUUCGCCGCACUCUCGGUCUCGAUCCCCGAAUGAUCAACUUUUCCGUCGUCAAGCUGGGCGACAAGCUCGAGGAGAUCAAGGACAUCGAGGGCAAGGUCCAAUGGAACAAGUCCCGCAGCAUCACCGACGCUAUUCAGGCUUCGCGGUCAUAG